GCAGAGAGGACUGCGGAUCGGUAAUCCACCCGGGGAGAUGGUGCUGAUCCCGGUGCAGAGCGGAGAGGGAAUCUGGACUGGGACAGUGGACAGGGCGCGGGGACUCGGGUGGUUAUUUUAUCUGCAGAUUUGCCCAGUUUAUUAGUCUCAUCACGUUAAGCAGCUGGUCUGUACUCCCGUGAUGUAGUGCGCAGGGGUCUGCGAACAUCAACGUACUUAAGCAUGGUUGGUGAGGAGCAGCAGCCCAGAGAGCAUUACCAAAGCCCACAGACGUACACAGUGGCUCAGGAAUCAUACUCCAGCAGUCAUUCCGAUCAGAAUGGGCAGAAAGCAGAGGGAUUUGAAUCUGAAGAGGAGCUGAGACAGCAGCUCCUUUCUGCAGCUCUGGAAUUUGUUCCCAGCUUUGGAUGGUCACUGGAGGCUGUGGCAGAGGGAGCCAAGGUGCUGGAUCUGUCACCAGCGGUGACUGGGAUGUUGAGUCAUGGCCCAGGGGACCUCGUUCUGCACUUUGUGUGCCAGUGUAACAAGCAGCUUUCUGAACAACUGACUGAGCAACACCAUCAGGUCCAGGCGGGACAGCAGGAAGCCAAGAAGACUGAUGGAUUUGUGAAGGAUGCAGUGGAAGCAAGGCUCCGGAUGGUGAUCCCUUAUAUAGACACCUGGCCGCAGGCUAUGAGUAUUUUACUGCUCCCACAAAACAUUGCCGAGAGUUUGAGGAACCUGACGAAUAUGGUGGAUGAGAUCUGGUACUACGCAGGAGACAGGUCCACGGACUCUAACUGGUACACAAAGCGAGCCAUUCUGGCAGGAAUCUACAAUACUACAGAGUUGGUGCUGGUACAGGAUUCCUCUCCGGAUUAUGAAGAUACUUGGAACUUCCUGCAAAACCGUGUUAAUGAUGCUGUCAACGUGGCUCAUUCUGUCAAACAGGCUGGAUCAACAGGCAAAGCCCUUUUCCAGGGUCUCGUUGGUGCUGCGGUGACACUGAAGAACCUGAGUGGUAUUGCCCAGAAUCGAUGAGCAGCCUGUGGGCAUCAAGACAAGCGGAGACUAGGACUGGCACCCUUGAAAUCGUGUCUCAGGAGAGGCUGCACAGUGUGUACAUGUGAAUGAGUGAGUGUGUACGUGUGACUGUGCAAAGAAGGAUUCUUUAUAUGUAGAGCCAUGUGUUAAAAGUUAAAAUAAAGAGCAAUCCGAGGAGAAAAUAAA